GAUGGAGUUGGUGUUUUUGAAUUCACUUUGGAUAUAAGUUGUCCAGCUUUUAGUACUUUGAAAUUACUUCAUUGGUAUCCUUCAGAUAAUUAAGCAAUAUUCAAGCGAUAUAGCUGUUUAGUCAAGCUUCGACCAAUUCUCUCAUUCGAGUCCACACUUCAUCACAUCAAUCUUCUCGUCAUGUCCGAAACCACCUACCUCAUCACCGGUGCCAACCGCGGAAUUGGCAAAGGUCUCCUCACUACGCUCGUCUCCCGCCCAAACACCACCGUCGUUGCCGCCGUGCGCACCCUCUCCUCCUCCCUCUCAAUCUUCUCCAGCAUCCCCCUCGGCCAAAACAGCAAAAUCAUACCCAUUACAAUCGAUUCCACCUCCGAAACCGACCCAUUCACCGCCGUCUCCGAGCUCAAAUCCACACACGGAAUCAGCAAACUCGAUUUCCUCAUCUCCAACGCCGGAUUGAUGGAGUCUGAUGCCAUCACCCCAGUUCUAGAAUCCUCGCCGGAAUCGAUUAGGAGACAUAUUGAUGUCAAUACUAUUGCACCCAUGUUACUUUUUCAAGCCUUCCAUCCUCUUCUUCUCGCUUCUGCGAAUCCGCGUUUCUUUACCAUUUCUUCGUUGCUGGGUUCGAUUGCUGAGUGUCAGCAGAUUAGGGUACCUUUUGCUUCUUAUGGGAUCAGUAAAGCGGCGGUGAACUAUAUGGUGAGGAAGCUUUCGUUUGAAGUUCCGGAGGUGACGAGUGUGGUGUUUAAUCCGGGGUGGGUGCAGACGGAUAUGGGGAAUGAGGCGGCGAGGGGAGUGGGGCUGGGAGAAGCGCCUACGGGGUUUGAGGAUUGUAUUGAGCAGUUGGUGAGGUUGUUUGAUGGGGUGAAGAAAGAACAGUCGGGAAGUUUCUUGGAUGCGGCGACGGGGGAGGCUUGUGAUUGGUAGGGGAGAAUGAUGCUUCUUUGCUAUGCAAUUUUAUUCUGGAGGAAUAGUUCUUAGUAGUCUGCGGAACGAGGUGACACUUCAGCUCUUCCUAUGCUUUAAGCGACAUCUAGUUUUCAUUUCUCGAGGUAUUUUGAUGGGGAGAAUAGUAGAUAUCACAAGUUGGUGACCUGAAUAAAGAAAUCAAUAAUUGAAACA